UAAAUGGAAAAGUUGCAGUGAUCGAAUUCAAUUGAGAGUGAUUGUUGUAACGAUUAUUUUGAUUGAAUACGCCUCUAUGGAUUUUGAACGCUAACAAAUGAAGAACAAUGUAUACUUUGAUGAUGGGCAUGUAUUAACCACUUUAUGGCUCGCCCGACUAACAGCUCUCAUUGAACUAGACAUAUUAGCGGGCUGACUCCGCACAACAAGUACAGCUAAAAGCAAUUGAUUGUAACAAUGGUUUGGGCACCAGUUAAUUCAACGGUGGGUUGAGAAUGAUGAUAUGAGUUUACUCGUCAGACGGUCGACGGAACAACAGGCAAAUGGGAAAACAAUGACAGUUUAACACAGAGACUGGCUUAUGAAGACGGUUGGCUUUUUUUAGCAUUAAAAGCUGUACACAGAUACAUUGUAUUGCAAAUGAUGAUAAUUAAAAAAUGUCAGAACUCUAAGAAUUUAUAAAAAGCGGUGAAUCCGAUUAUAUAUAUAACGAUAUCAUAAAACCAGGCUUAACAACUGAAAUGGGGACAUAUGUCAACGGAAUUGCAACAAAAUAGGUAAUGCAAUAUAUAAAGGAGAGAGAGUUACAAAAAUAUGACAUAUAUUGAGAUAUAGUCAGCUGAAUUCAACGAACACGAAGACCAAUUAAAGAACUAAUUGGAGCAGAGAAAGACGAGUAGAGGAAAUGAUAAGAGGGUUUUUGACCAUGUGGUUUUUGAGAGACAGUUCAAAUGAAACGUCGGAUUUAGUAGUUAGGGAAACAAUGGUAUAUAACAAAGGACAAGAUCGAGCGGGUGUUUAUAACACAAAGAACUGUACCACAUGGCUAUUAUAUCAGCGACUGAUGACGUCACGAUUAACCGGCGAGGCCGUGAAACCAUCUGUGCCUGAGGAACCAGUACCUGUUGACGAGACGGAGAUAAUCUGCCGAGUUUUAUGACAAUAUUUGCGAUAUAUAAUGGAUACAGGAGAAUGCCUCGUUUAAUAUCGCUAAUAGGCUGGCAAUGAGCUGUCGCUGUGUGGACUGUGAAGUACUAUUGUGUCCGGGGGUGUUGAUCUCACUCAACAUUCACGACAACUAGCCUCUCUUAUAAUGAUCAAUCAUUAUCUUACCGGAUAAAGCCUCCCAUGGUAUUUCGUCAGCAUUGAUUUCCCCCUUUGUCUAUUGUAUGGAAUAUACGCUAUUUUGAAUUCCCUGUGACAGGAAACAACGGUAAACGUAUCUUUAGAGUGCGCGUGCUUAUGUACGACACGUGGAUGUAUGGAUAUGGGAUAUAUAAAUACAGUGUGUUAAAACCCAUUGACCACGGAAAACGAUUGACUCAGUGACGGCGCAUGGCUUCUGACGUAACUCGCCAGAGAGGUCACGAGGGAUGCUAUGACGUCUGAUGUCACGCGUCACAUAGGUAAUCGUAGAGGAUAUGGCUGCUAAUAUAAAAAAGGUCAAAGAUGUCCUCCUCAGGAGUAAUACUAUGGAUGUUUACAACAACUCCUCAGCCAAUCAACGCGGGUCUUACAAAAAGUCAACGCCCAAACUAUUUGACUGUUAUAACAAUUUAUCAUCCAAUCACAACGCCUCGUUCAACAAGAACACAUCUCCGAGUAAUUAUGACGUGACUUUCAACACACCGUUUUCCAAAAAGCACGAAUCUUACGACAAUGUUUCAACAUCACUUCUGCGAAAGUCCUACAGUACAUCAACUGAUAGCCAAUCCUUCAAUCUGACCCAACAUGCUGAUAAGUCUGAUUCGGAUACGUUGUGUGAUAUUUCGGCCCCAAUUCUACCUUCUCCUGAUAUUUCACAUCUCACAGGUGACGAACUUGAAGUACUGAAACGAGUUUUUAAAAGGGAGGAGAUGUUCGAACGAGACGAAGCGAAACGACUUAUGGAGAUGGAACGGCGACUUGAGACCUAUGAACGCGCAGUCCGGCAACAGGCUACUGGAAAGGGCAAGCUUAAAUAUAUUGAUCUAAGCCUGUGUCGUCUCUGCCACGAGACAAAGUUCGCCGAUGGAAUUUGCGGAAGGGUUUGUCAUGAUUGUCGCCGGAGGGUGUGCGUAAGAUGUGGGUCCUCCGACGCCCCUCACUGGAAUCCCCGAAAACAGAAGAAUGUCAGAGGCAAGUGGAGGUGUAAUAUUUGUCAACUGAAACUUGAAUUCGUAUGUCAAAGUGGGAAAUGGUUUCACGGAAACAGGUCGGUGUCUAUGGUAAACCAAAUUAUCAGAAACAAGAUUCAAUUCCAGGAUGUCGAUACGUCGGACACAGAUAAUCAAACAAGCGUAGAUUCUUCGUCAUGUUUUUCUGCAUCAGAACCAUGCUCUGAUCUGUGGAAACUAAGCAAAGCUUUUGCUAUGAGUGGUAGUGGUUCCAAAAACUUACAGAACCGGAACAGGCGACGAAGUGGUUCUCUCUUACUUAGGUCGUCGCCUUCAGACAACGAUAGUGAAACAGACGAUUCCGCAGAACGAGCACGGACUCAUGCUAAACAAAAAAGAGCCCAGCGCCGUAACAGUUCACGCCGGAAGUCUCUGAAACAGAGACAACUAUUUACGGAUGUACCUGAUCAGGAUAAUAUUUACAAUGGUGAUUUAACAUCCGGUUAUGUUGUGAAUGGCGGUAAUAUUAGUCCUUGUGGCCAUGUUCAUUCUAUGCAACGUCUGAAUGUGGCAAGUGACCUCAAUGCUACAGCGAGACGUCAUUCGGACGAGUCCGUCCACAGUAGGUCGGUCUCUGGGUACUUCAAACCUGAUGACCCACAAACGGAUAUUCCUCCUCAACGACAUAUGAAAGGUAGCAUUACACAAUCAAAUCCCAACAACUGUUAUUUUACUCCUUUGCAAGCUGGCAUACCUCGUGACUCAUGGAACUACAGUGUCCAGCGAUCACAAAGUCCUCCCCUGAUAGGCUCCAGCCAUCGUAUGUCGAUUCCGGGAUUGAGAUCGAGGUCCCCUUGUAACACUCUGACUGUUGAUGGCAGAAAGAGUCCGAGUGAGCGCAGGCGCCACUCACACAAUAUUUCAAAAUCCAGUGUUCUUGGAUUCAAGUCGGAUCGUAAACGAUUUUCUGUAGAUCAGCAAUCUUCUGGACACAAAGUUAAACAAACGUACCUUAUGCCACCGGAAAGUCCUGGAACGCGGUGUCGGAGGUGGUCAUCCGAUUCCUGGUCAUCGCGAAGAUCUUCCGGGAACAAUGAGACAGCGGAGAGUACUGACUGCAAUGAGGAUACUAAAGGACAAGAAUACCUUGCCUCCUUGAAAACAAGAGAUGUGUUACUAUACCGAGAUAAGAACGAUCAGAAUUGUCGGUGUAAUGGUCUGGGCAUGCGUGUUGUGGGAGGCCAAUGUCGGUAUGGUAAAAGACUUGGAGCUUUUGUAACCUACGUCGACACCGAUGGACCAGCUGACUCCUAUGGUAUUGUCGAAGGUGACCAAGUGCUGAUGUGGAAUGGUAAGUCCCUAGUGGACACGACAUUCGAGGAGACCAAGAGGAUUGUCAAUCAAACUUCAGAAAUCGUCCAAUUGGUCGUCGUCCAUCAUGAAGAAAAUUAUGGUAUGUUGGAAGUGACAGAGACAGCAGACGACACAGAACAAGAGGGCAAUCCGUCCAUUGUCCAGCCUAUUCCCUUUCCACCGUCAAGGUUGACGCUAAAUAAACCAAAGCGACGGAUGUUACCCAAGACACCGAUUGAAAUGAAGAAAGACGAGCGUUUGGUGAGUGGAAAGUUACAGAUGAGCGUGGCAUACUCUGAGGAUGAAGAAUGUCUGUCGGUCACACUAGUACAGGCAGACGACCUUCGAUGGCCUGGUCACCUUGAAAUUUCCGUCAUUAAUCCCAUAGCUCUCGUUCACCUACUCCCAGGCAGAGGUUUCUAUCCACCAUACGAAACGAUACCACAAUUCAACACGUCAUCACCUCGGUGGAACGAAACGUUUAACAUACUUGAAAUCAGCGCCAAUGAGGUAAACGACAAAUCUGUAGAAAUUACACUAUGGGACCGGAAACGGUCAGAAGACAUGUUCCUUGGAGAAGUACUUUUAGACCUUGUGGAUGCCAACACGAAAGACGAGAUUAUCACCUACGAUCUGGAGGACCACGACGAAAAUAGCUCCCCUCUCCCACGUAGACGGAGGAGGGAAUCGGGCUCUGAUGCCACAACAAACAGCCAAAUAAGUCCCAUGACAACAACUAUCGAUACGUCCAGCAAUUGGUCAACUAGUCCCAGUCGGCUGUCUAUUCAAAAUCUGAACACUGAAGGCAGACAGUUGAACGAAGAUAGAAAUUCUUGGUCUUCCCCGUCACGUAAUAGACAUUCACGUCAUAGUAAAGAAGAAGAUACAGUUCUGCUAUCGAGGAAUUUUAAGAGGUUACCACGUAGUGGCAGCUUCAGCUCAAAGAUAAAACAGAAACUGGUAGUGGCUGUGUCGAGAAUGUCAUCAACGUUUGCUAGCAGCGAGCGACGGUUAAGUCUACAGGAAGAAAAGGUAACUCCAAAUUUGAGCCUUAGUGCCGACGCCAUGCUGGGUUAUAUAGUACCACCUAAAGCUAUGUCGCCAAGACAUUCGACUGACCAAUACAAAGGGCAACUGCUAGAUUUAACCAACUCCGGACGUUCACACACAUGUAGUGAAACUGGGGCAAGCAUUUAUGAGGACAACUCAGAUUUGGACGAAAUGAGUAAAAGAUUUGGAUCAUCUUCCCCAGAUGGAGAUGAUAUAACUUCAAUGCUAGGUCCGGCUCAAGUACCACCCAAACCUGCCUCAGAACAAUCGGUGUGUGGCGAUAUUCGUCUCGGCCUGAUGGUGACUCAAGGUAAACUGGAGAUUGACAUCAUAUGUGUGACAGGACUUCUCAGGAAGAGCGAAAAUUCCCCUCCAGAUACAUAUGUGAAGACGUACUUAGUAGAAGGAUCAAAGGUCAUUCAAAAAAAGAAAACACCAACGAGUAAAGCAUCAUAUGAGCCUUCAUUUGAUCGUAAAAUCAAAUAUUCUGCCUGUAACAUUCACGGCAGGCACAUAAAGGUGAAGAUCUGGGCCAGACAAGGUGCUUUUGACAAGAAGUUAUGUCUUGGGGAGACCGUUAUUAAGUUGGACGGACUCGACCUAGGUCAACAUUCCCACACAUUGAGUUGGUACAAGCUAUUUCCCCAGGGUGCUACGGACUUCAGUUCUAACGAAUCUCUCAGUUUUUGAUCGAUAAAGGCGAUGUAUUUUUUUUUAAUUUUUUUUUUCUAUAGUUAUUAUUUUUUACCUUCGACAUAUAUUUUAGUGUUGGUGAUUGUUUUUUUUUCUUUGUUUGUUUUGUUUUGUCUAGAGCACGUUAUGAUCAAAGAGGAUUUCUACAUAAACAGCGGUAUUUAAUUUGAUGGAUUUGACGGACCAUGAAUUGUAAUGCUUAAAUAUUUUUAAUAUUGUAUGAGAGGUUCUUUUGUCAUGUUUCGAUUGGAUAUGAUAUUUUCCAUAUUAUUUACAUAAAUAUAUAUAUAUAUAUUAUAUAUAUCACUAUAUACAAAGUGCUCAACAUUAAUCAAUAUAUUUGGUGAAAUAAUGUUAUGUUUAACAGAAGCCAAAAGACAGAUUGCCUUAAAUCACGACACGAGUUUGAAGGUGAGCCGAUUGUUAACAUGGGUACCUGGUAUUCCAAAUUUCGUUCAUAUGACUUUUAACUCAAACCUGGCUAUACACGCACAUUUAAAGUCAAUCUAAACCUUAAGAGGCAUUGAUUGGGUAUGUAACAGAUACUACCUAGGAAGAGAGCAUAGAGUGUAUGUACUGCAUGAGACACAUUAUCCCAUUAUGUGCUAGCAUUUUAUUUUGAUAAAACAUAUUUGGAAUACCGAUGAUAUAUUGUAUACUGGCAGAUUUUUGGUUGUGUUGUAAAAAGAACGCUACUCAUACGGAUGUGAUCGCAUGGAGGUAACACAGAGAUCAUGUCCGAGCUGAUAGGUGCUAAUGUGUUUACCUGGUAACUAGGUGUGAUGGAACUGACAGCGCUGGUCGUCAAGGCUCCCACUCAGUAGCUACCGAUAUAAAUAGACCGGGUGUGAUGGACCCACAGGACGUGACUACCUGGAAAUCACAGCUCUGCGGUUCCUGCAUUAACUUUUAAAAUGAAAAUGUACAGACUUCCUAGUUGGAAAUUGGUUCCAAUACCUAAGUACCUAUACGUGUAAUAUUGAAUCGUUUAAUACUAUUUAUUUCUUCUUGUGUUCUAUCUUUGAUUAUUUUAUUACGGAAGUUACUGGCUUGUGUUAUAUAUAUCUUGAAAAGGUCCCUAAACAAGUACUAGAGAUAAGAAACUACUUUUCCCAGAUGGACAAGAGAGAUACGUGUGUCAUUAUAUAUGGAUUUUACUUUCAAAACUUCUUUUUAUCAAAUACAUUACUAAACAUUUAACGUUUAUGUAUAUUUGUCUGAAACUUUCUAAUUAUGUGAAUUGUUUCUUAUGUAAUCUACCAUGUUAACCUGUAUGGUGAUAUCUUACUAGAGACAGACAGCGUUAAGAUGUACAAACGAGGGUUGUACUAGACUGUAGAUUCUCUGUUUAAUUUAUCUCUCAAAUAAACUCGCACAAACCUG